GAAAGCAGGUGAAGGCAGAGCAGGGCCCUACCCGGAACUCUGCGUCUUUGACUUGGAUGCCUGUCUCUGGGACAAGGAGAUGUAUGAGAUGGAGGCAAUACCGACGGACAAGGACAUCGUCCUCGGCGACCUUCCUGGAGGUGAAGGUGUCACCGGCGUCAUGAGCGGCGUGGACAAGAUCUCAUUGCACAAAGGAGCAAUGAAGGCCUUGCAGAACCACGCGGAAGGUAACUAUCCAGGUAUGAAAAUAGCGGUGGCCAGCAGCGCAGAUACCCCUUUUGCUGAGAAAGUUGGUCGCAAGGCACUCUCGCUUCUGGAGGUGCUGCCUGGCGUGACAGUCUGGCAGCUUCUCUUGCGAGAUUGGGAUGGGAAGGACGUCAACCAGAUCGGCCGCCAGCCGCCCCUUUCUUCGAACAAGGCGAUGACUCACUUCCCCCGGCUGAAGGAAGCCACAGGCGUGGCAUACGACAGAAUGCUUUUCUUCGAUGACUGCCUAUGGGGCGAUCACUGCGGGAUGGUCGCGCAGUCCUGCCGCGAGGCCAACGGCAAAGGCGUGGUUACCGUCAGGACUCCCAGCGGGCUUGGCGAACGUGAGUGGGAACGUGGCCUGAAGAUGUACGCGUCUGCCCAUCGGUAG